CGAAACAGCUAGGAAGCUGCUUCAGUCUUCAAUCGGAUGAGUACUUCUUGUUUUAGUCUUCACCCACUACCAUCUUGCUUUCUGGAAACAUUAUAAGGUGGAACAAUCAUCAAUUUCCUUCUUCCAUAGUUUCCAGUAUCCAACCACACAAAAAAUGGCAUCCCAAACACAUAAGCAGCAGCUUCACUUUGUGGUGUUCCCACUCAUGUCCCCAGGCCAUAUGCUCCCAAUGAUAGACAUCGCCACAGUAUUAUCACACCAAGACAACGUUGUUGUAACCGUCGUAACAACCCCUCACAACGCUUCUCGCGUCUCGCAAACAUUCUCUCGGGCUUCGGAUUCUGGCCUCAAUCUCCGCUUGGAACAGAUCGAGUUCCCAUCGGAAAAAGCUGGAUUUCCACAAGGCUGUGAGAAUUUCGACAUGCUUCCUUCAAUGGCCAUGGCCUAUAGCUUCUUCAGUGCUGCAAGUGACCUACUUCAAGAACCAGCAGAGAAGCUGUUCGGGGAAUUGACACCAAAACCAAACUGCAUAAUCUCUGAUGUAGGUUUGCCAUAUACUUCACACAUAGCCGCCAAAUUCAACGUCCCAAGAAUCUCUUUCUACGGGGUUAGUUGCUUCUGUUUAUCGUGGAACAUAAAUGUUCUAACCUCCAACAUUCUAGAUAGCGUAGCCAAGGAUUCAGAGUACUUUCCCAUACCUGGAAUCCCUCACAAAAUUAUGGUCACCAAAGCUCAGCUUCCGGGAGCUACGACGAAUUGGAAGUGGCAAGAGUUUGUUGAUAAAAUGGGAGUGGCUGAAAUGGCGGCCUAUGGAACGGUGGUAAAUUCUUUCGAGGAGUUGGAGCCACCUUAUGCAAGGGACUUCAAGAAGGCGAAAAACGGAAAAGUGUGGUGCAUCGGACCGGUUUCGCUUAGGAACAAGGAUCACUCGGACAAGGCUUGGAGAGGAAACAGGGCCUCUAUCGACGAGGAACGUUUCAUGAAGUGGCUUGAUUCGCAAGAAACAAAUUCUGUUAUUUAUGUCUGCCUUGGAAGCAUGUGCAAUUUAACUCCCUUGCAGUUCAUAGAGCUUGCUAUGGCCUUGGAAGAAUCUAAUAGGCCAUUCAUUUGGGCCAUCAGGGAAAGGAACCAAUCAGAAGAACUGAAUGAAUGGAUUAAGCAAUCGGGUUUUGACCAUAGAAUUAAUGGUCGUGGCCUCUUGAUCAGAGGUUGGGCUCCACAGGUACUAAUACUGUCCCACCCUUCUGUGGGAGGGUUUUUAACACACUGUGGUUGGAAUUCGACCUUAGAAGCAAUAUGUGACGGGGUGCCAAUGCUAACAUGGCCAUUGUUCGGCGAUCAAUUCUUCAAUCAGAUAUUUGUUGUGGAAAUAUUGAGAGUUGGUGUCAGUGUUGGAGUGGAGAGUCCUGUGAAUUGGGGUGAAGAGGAAACAGGGGUUUUGGUGAAGAAGGAAGAAGUGAAGAAUGCCAUAAAAGAGUUAAUGGAAGAGAACACGGAGACUGAAGAGAGAAGAAGAAGGGCAAAAGAGCUUGCGGAGAUGGCUAAGAGUGCUGUGGAAGGAGGAGGUUCUUCACACCAAAACGUGAAUCUUCUGAUCCAAGAUAUCAUGGAAAUGGAACUGUCCAAGAAAGACUGAAGAUUUAUCUUCAUUUAUCAAAUGCAGAAAAAUACUGUCUUUUGAAUUAUUCGCAUUGGUGUUCCGGUGAUGAAGAGAAAGCUGAAGUGAUGAUGAAAAGAGAGAGACUGGUUGAAGCUGUAGAGAAGUACAUGAUGAGUAGUGAAUAGGGGAAGGAGGAAGAGGAAAAGACCAAUGGAACUAGGGAACAUGGCAAGCAGUGCUUGCUCAGGAGAAGGAAGGUGCUUCGCAUUUCAAGGGAAUGGCUACGGUUACUUUGAGCCGUCACCGCUCAUUAUCAUUGUAGCGGUUAAAGGGUUACUGUAACUGUCGCCACUUAUUAGUGGCUGGUUUUCUGUUCCCUCCAUUAUUAUAAAAAUUCAAUCUUCAUUGCUUGUUCUAUUAUAGGAAA